GUUCCAUCUCGCUGCUGCCACGGAUUAACCGCUGGAUGAUUUCCCGCAAAGGCCCAUCUCCCGCGAAGCUGCUCUUUGCAUGGUGCGCGAUUGGCUUACUCGUUGACGCCAUGUCAGAAGGAAGGCGGGGCAUGUACUACCACCUCGGGAGCUGAGUGGUCAUCGAGCACCAAUGCAGACGAAGAUGCUAGCCGCGUUUGUGCUGUACUCUUCGCCUCAUAGCGACAACGAUACUUCUUUCACUGAGAUUUGAGAUCGCCUCAAACCAUUACCCGGAUACCGACAUGACGCACGACAUCUUCAAGCCACAUUGGUCCCGCUACCUCCACCCCAACGCCCCGGAUCCACAUAGAAGCAAGUAUGAGCCUCACAGUAGGGACGUAUUCGAAUCUCCAUACGGCCCGUUUCCGCAGACGCCACCAGAUCUCAAUAUCCAUGAGUUCUGCUUCCCGCCAAACAAUCUCCUCCCUCCGGACUACCCACUCUUCGUCGACGCGGUAGCAGAAGAGACGGUCACUCUUCAUCAGUUCUACGCCCGCGCUUGUGGGCUAGCUCGAGUGUUCAGGUACGAUGGCGCGAAUCCACUGAACCUAAAAAGGAGCCCGGUAGAUGAUAAGGAAGAUGGCGAGAUUCUGGGCAUGUUCUCUCGUAACCACUUACACUAUCCCAUGGUAGCUCAUGCGUGCUUCCGAGCUGAGCUUGUGUUCGGCGGUAUCAGUCCAGCUUCAACGUCGUACGAGCUGUGGUGGGUGCUACGCAAAAUGCAAAUUACAAGCAUGAUGUGCCACGAGUCACUGCUACCGGUGCUGCGUGAAGCGCUGAAGCUAGGAACUGGUGAGAACGAUAAGGCGUCAUCUUUGCGACUUGUGCUCGACCCAAAGAAGAUCAUAGUUCUCAGCGAAAAUACAACCUUGGAUACCGUCUCCGGCCAUCGUACUAUCGAAUCCCUGGCCCGCUUAAGCCUCGCCCUCCCAGAGGUCCCUCGCAAACUGCUGGGAGGAGAUAGGAUGGCAUAUCUUUUCCAAUCCUCGGGAACCUCAGGCCUGCCGAAAGCGAUGAUGAUAACUCACAAGAAUGGUCUCCAUUCCGGUCUCCAAGGCAUGAUCAAUGCGACUCAAAACGCUCGCUUCGCCGGUGUGGAACCGCUCAACCCUCAACGCGUAUCGGGCGUUAUCCCUAUGUACCAUUCCUACGGCAUGAUCCUUUGGAUUCUGCGCGUCAACCUCCUGCAGCUUACAAACGUACUUCUCCCAAAGUGGGAUAUCGAGCUCGCUCUGAGAACGAUCGAGAAGUACAAACUUACGGCUCUUCCACUGGUACCUCCUCUCGUACGUCAGCUAGCGCAGAGCCCGCUAACCGAAAAAUACGAUCUGGGUUCUGUGGUCGGAGCCGCAAGUGGAGCAGCAUAUCUCCCUCCAGACGUCGUAUAUCAGCUUGCAAAGAAGCUUCUUCAGGGCGCAAACAUGCCUAUUCCUAGUGGCUACGGUCUUAGCGAAGCGGCCAGCAUCGCAUCCCCAGCAGCGCCCGGAAUCUUCGGACUAGAGCCAGCACUGCCGGGAACAAUCGGGUACCUCCUUCCCGGAAUGGAAGCAAGAGUCGUAGACCCGGACACACUGAAAGACGUACGGAAGGGCCAACAAGGCGAGCUAUGGGCAAGAGGGAACGUGGUCACCCCGGGAUACUUCAAAGAUGCGAAGGCGACCGCUGAUCUCUUCGCCGAGCCAGGGUGGCUGCGGACUGGCGAUCUAGUCAUGCGUGAUGAGAAAGACCGGAUACACUACCUAGACCGGCUAAAGGAGAUGAUCAAAGUGAAGGGCUUGCAGGUCGCUGCGACGGAGGUCGAAGACACGCUACUCGAUCAUCCGGAAGGUCUCGUGAGAGAUGCGUGCGUAGCUGGUGUCGACAACGGGCGAGGUGAUGGUUCGCUGUUCGUCCGAGCGUGGGUAGUGCUCACUAUGGAGGGAGCAAAGCAGGGAGAAGCAACAGUUGGGAGCAAGUUAGAGGAGUGGGUCAAGUCGAGGUUGAGCAGGCAUAAGUGGCUCACUGGCGGGGUUGAGGCUGUGGAUUCGAUUCCGCGCACACCAUCUGGGAAGAUGCUUAGAAGGGAAAUGCGGGAUCGAUAUCACGCGAGGCUGAAGGCCGAAGGGAGAAGCAAGUUGUGAAAGACACUCCGGC